CAGGCAAAGUAUGAAAGUAAGAAAGCGAGAAAUUUGAAGGGGUUCCUCUUCUCAUAGUUCUUAUAAAAGGGCAUGGGACUUCUUAACUUGAUCACAGUAAGUAACAAGAUUGUUCUGUGAUAGUUAAAGAGAUUAAAUUCUAGAGAGAUGGGUAUGGAGCUGCGUGUUCUAAUGGUGAUGGCCAUGGUGAUUGGCUUCAUCUCAGCUGCAUCAGCAGCUUCUGGGACUGCUACUUACUACGAACGACCUUAUGUUCCCUCAGCAUGCUAUGGCAACCAAAACGAUGGGGUUAUGAUCGCUGGAGCAAGCGAUACCAUAUGGAAUAACAGGGCGGCAUGCGGAAGAAGUUACACAGUGACAUGCACAGGGGCUGCAAACGAUACCCCAAAUCCUUGCAAGGGUGGAAGCAUCACUGUCAAGAUUGUAGAUUACUGUGCGAACUGCAAUGGAGACAUCAAUUUGUCCCAAGAUGCCUUUGCCAAGAUUGCUGACUUGGAAGCUGGCAAAAUCAAAGUUGAAUAUAAACAGGUUUGAACUUUGAAGUUGUUCUACUAGAGGGUGCAUGACUUCCCUAUAUAUCUUAGAAGUUUAUGAUGAGAGCUAAUGAUUAUUAAUGUCUAAUAAAGUGUAUAUCAUGGAAAGUGGCAUGUUCCAUGGUUGAUAGUAAGGGAAGAAGCAAUAAAUUUUAUGUGAAGUUAAAUAAAAAGGCAUUAGCAGGUUCUGAUCA